GCUGCUUGCUUUGUCAUGCGCAGGCCGACCUUCGAAUCGAUGGUGGGACAGCACGAAGUUCCUGUGACUCACGCUGUCAUGUAUAUAGAGCUCCAACCAUGGGUACGGUGCGACCCGGGGUAGAUUCUUCCAGCCCACUGCAUCCCUGAGUCGUCAUAUUCCCUAUAACCUCCACGACACACCUCGAAAUGCCGGAGCCUAUCAUCUUCUAUGAUAUUCCUAGCCAGGGAACCGCGGUGAAAGCGUGGUCCCCGAACACUUGGAAGACCAGAUAUGCCCUGAACAUCAAGGGUAUCCCUUACAAGACCGUAUGGGUCGAGUACCCCGACAUCGAAAGCGUCAUGCGCAAGAUCGGCGCGCUCCCCACUGAGACCAACGCGAACGGCACCCCACACUACACCCUCCCCGCGAUCUACGACCCAAACACGAAGACCGCGCUCGCCGAGUCCGCUCUCAUCGCCCGCUACCUCGACAAGACGUACCCCGACACCCCGCGCCUCAUCCCCGAGGGGACCGCCGCGCUGCACGCCGCGUUCACCCAGGCGUUCCGGGCCGUGCUCACGAAGGACCUCAUGCCGAUCACCAUCCCCGCGACGGCGGACCACCUCCCGCCGCGCAGCGAGGCGUACUUCCGCGCGACGCGCGAGGUGUUCUUUGGCGGGCCGCUCCAGGAGCUCGCGCCCCCGGGCCCGAAGCGCGAGAAGUACUGGGCGGAGGUGAAGAAGGCGUUUGGCACGUAUGCGCAGUGGCUCCAGGCGGACGGGGUGGAUAAGCCGUUCAUUCUUGGAGACAAGAUCGGGUAUGCGGAUGUUACCAUCGCCAGCUUCGCGGUGUGGAUCCGCAUUGUGUUGGGCGAGGAUAGCAAGGAGUGGACGGACUUCAAGACUUGGGACGGGGGUCGCUGGGCGACGUACAUGGACACGUUCAAGCGGUAUGAAGACGUCGACGCUGGUGAAGCUGCUGUACUUUGA